AUGCACUCACUGCAGCGCAAAGAACAAUCCACCACCUAUGCGAAGCGUCCCAUGUCAACGAUCUUGUUAGGUGCCUGCUUCACAUUGAUAUACAAUUUUCUCCACGACUCAAAUUCCGCCUCGGACCAUUUGCCGUGGGUUUAUGCUGCAUUGCAGAAUUUGUCGACAAUGAGAGCCGGUGAUCCCAUAACCAGCACCAUUUCGGCUAUACAAACCGUAUUGCGAAAGAUCAACCCCUCAUACGAGUGGUCACCCUAUCCGAAGCAGGGCAGCAGACAUGAGGUCAAUUCGUUGGUAUCUUCGACAAGAGCUCAAGAUCCCACCCCUAGACAUGGUCAGCGUUCGACAAUGACUAGCCUCGCAAGUCCAUCUCAGCAAUCAGGGUCACAUCCGGAUCUAUCAGCAUUUCAACCAACCCUUCCUCAGGUAGAGAUACCAGACACUGUUGGUUCCAUUGGAUCUGGUGAGGAAUUGCUUGACUUCACACAAUCCGACAUGGGUUGGAACUUUGACUUUUCUACCAUGGACCUGGAAGCAUUCUUCUCGAUCUACCAGUCGAUGGAUGCUCCCAUCACCUAA